AUGAACACUCGCAUGACCCACAGCAGCACGGGCAAACAACGUCCUUCGCCUCCCCACUCUUCGGGGAAUUUAUCUUCCCACAAGGUCAAGUGUGAGGAUGUCACCGCUCUCAAUCCUCCCGCGUCGUCCCCGUUAGGCGUUGCCACGCCAUACACGCUCAACUGGCAGUCCCCCCUUACGCCGCUGGGGCCGCCGCCGGGCGGCAAGCGGAAGUUGGAGCCCGCAGACGAACAUGGGCAGGCAGAACGUUCCAAAAAGCAUGUUUUCUCGGGAGCUACACUCGCGUUUCUUGAGGCAAGGUUUGCAGAAGAAAUGUACCCUUCAGCAGAAGAUCGAGAAAAGAUGGCCAAGGAGCUGGGGUUGGACGGGAGCCGCGUCUACAACUGGUUCCACAACAAACGUGCUAAGGAGAAACAGAAGAACCCGAGCGGACUUCAGAUGCCCCCGACGCCGCAGGAUGACGAUGCUACGCUGUUGACGGAGGAAGACAAGUCCGCCGCACAAAGUCCAACAUACAUCGCGCCAGCGUCUGUGCGCCGGAUGGCAUGCCGCCACCUUCGAAUUGGCACCUGGGAGUCGGAAGAUGUCAUCGUGGCCCGGUCGCCGGACACACAAACUAUAAACUACUCUAUCGCGGGCACCGAGAGCUGGCUCAUGAUUCAGUACCCCAUGUCCGCCAUUAGAGAGACACGCAUGUUCCGGAACUGGGGCAACGGGCUCCCAUCGGGUGUCGGGAUCUACUUAAAUGAAGCGCCCAAGUUUUUCUCCAGUACGCUUAGAUUUGGCGUCGAACUUACCCCACGAGACGACUUUACCGGCGGCCAGGCGUCGAGCAACUUGUUACAUAUUCUCUCGGAUUCGGGUGUCGCAGCGGCGCUGACAACCUCACCUCCGUCUUUGUCACCCGCCAGGCCAAUCCCUUGGCCGCCGAACCAGAGUCUACCUGGCGUUACGACCCGUCAGCCCGGUCAAUGGUUCAACGGCGUCAACUCUACCUACAACCAGGCAUUCGGGUCCCCUGUCCAUAGUAACCUACGUGGCCAAAAUGUUUGGGCGGGAGACCCCGGGGCCGCGAUAGGGUCUAGCCUGCCCACGAUGACGCCUUGGUAUGAGACUCAGCGGCCAGCGGACGUUCCGAUGCAGAUGAAUGCUCAGCCCAUGCAGAUGAACGCUCCCAUGCAGUACGAGAACAGAUGGCCAGUAUGGCCUGCCACCACCGUGAACCAUUAUCCGGAAAGCCCGUUGGGACCCCAGGAGGUCGCAGGCGGGUCGUCCACGACCCCGAUGGGUUCUCACGCGCCUUACUAUGCGACGCCGGAGGACGCUCACAGGGAGACGAUACAAGAUCCGUACAACGCGGCGCAGCCAGAUGUGCGUGCCAACAAAGUGGGGCCAACCCUGGAAGACGCACUGGAAGCCUCGAACGAGGUCGCAGAGGCGCCGGACGACGAGGAUGAUCCAUCUUUCGUUCCGGGCCUCAAAUAUGCCUGA